GCUAUUCUUUGAAAAAAGGUAAAUUGUGAUGGUUGAAAGGCAUUACCCCUCUCUUUGUCUCUCUUUUUUAAAAAUAACAACAGCCCAAUGAAUCGAACCGAGUUUCACAAAGCUAUCAACGCGUUUUAUAACAACACGCUUUCAUGUGAAGCAGAACCAAACUGGACUUUUGUUGAUCAUAUUAGAAACAAAUACUUGAAGCGAACUACGUUCCUGCCGAUUGAAGGCUCAGCAAUGGCGUCCGAGAUUAUGCCAGAAACGUCGCUAGAAGAACAAACAGAGGCCCUGCAGCAGGUAUCGGAUCCCGCUACUGCAGAGAGGGAGGUGAUGGUGACAGACUCACUAUCAGGAGUGGAAGCAAAGAUGCAUGUGACAGUGGAGCAUCAUAUCGUCUAUUCUCCCGGUUACCAAGUGCCUGUUUUGUAUUUCAAUGGAUACGAUGCUGAUGGCACGGCGCUUUCACUCGAUGAAGUGUAUCGAUGGGUGGUUUCUAAGGGGAUGCAGAGUAGCUUGCAACAUGGCAACAGACUCAGCGCACAGGGAUCCAUCUCACAAGAAGAACACCCAGCCCUCGGCCUGCCCUUUUAUUACAUCCACCCGUGCGAAACUCAGUCGAUGAUGCGCUCGAUUUCCCACGAUAUCGACAUCAACACUUACAUCAAGACAUGGUUGUCAUUCAUCGGCCCAGCUGCUGGAUGCACGCUUUCCCAUCAGCUUUUCUUGCAGCAAUAAUGCCACUCUUUUACAUAUCCCACAUAAAAACCUCCUCAAUAAGCGAACGCAAUUGCUUGUCCUGUCAAAUAUAAUAAAGGCUUUUUUUGAUAUCUACACAGCAAAACAACAACAACAACAACAAUACAAACAAAGGGGAGAAGACCUCUCCCCUCCAUCAUCCCAACUUAUUUUUUCUAUAUAAAGUUU